ACUCCAGCACUCACAUGUUCGCUUUUUAAACCUGUGCCAUUUUUAAAGCAGCAUUGCUCCUCGAUAUCCCCUUCACCCGACUCCUGUUCCCAAUCUACCCUUCCCGCCUCUCCCCAUUUCCAACCAUUCAACCCUGGUCCAAUUCGUAAUUUCGCCCGAAAAUCCGGCACGAAAAGAGUGAGUCCACGCUCGCCGUAUUCUUAAAUGCCGUUAAAUGCUCGAAACCGGGCUUGCCUUCCGACGCCUGCUUCCUCUCGGGUGGCGGUGCUGCGACAUCAGCCGUGCCGGUCACCGGAUUCCCGGGACCUAUUCCUAACUCCUUCCUUCCCGUAAGCCGUUACAAGCCGCGACGCACCGGUCUUACCCUCACCGCGAAAAGAAAUAUAAUAAGAAGGAAAGAAAGAAAGAAGAAAAGAGCAACACCGCCGGAGUCCAGCCUCCGCCCUUAUAUAUAACCCUCUCUCAACCUCCAUCCCCUCGUUUCUGAGAGAGAAGCAUCGGAGGAUAUGGGUCUCUACCGGAACCUGGGGCUCUGCUUCUCCCACCUGCCACGGCUCCUCGUAGAGGAAGACGCCACCUCUGCAGCCGCCGCCGCCGCCGCCGCUUUGGCGGACUCCGUCACCACCACGGGCCCCUCUCCCUUCCCUUCUCCGCCGUCGGCCAGGUCAUCCUCCGUCGUCCCCUUUCGGCCCAGUAUCGCAGUCAUCGUCGGCGUCCUCACCACCAUGUUCUCCCUCACCUUCCUCCUCCUCCUAUACGCGAAGCAUCGCAAGCAGACCUCCGCUGGCUUAGGCGGCGGCGGCGGAGUCGUCCCGGGGUUCCCGGCCGCCGCCGUGCGGCGGAACUCAGGGGUGGAGCGAACGGUGGUGGAGUCGCUGCCGGUAUUCCGGUUCGGGUCGCUCAGCGGCCACAAAGAGGGGCUGGAGUGCGCUGUGUGCUUGAACCGGUUCGAGCCGGUGGAGGCGCUCCGGCUCCUCCCCAAGUGCCGCCACGCCUUCCACGUCGAGUGCGUCGACACCUGGCUCGACGCCCACUCCACCUGCCCCCUCUGCCGCGUCCGCGUCGACCCCGAGGACGUCCUCCUCGUCCCCCGGCCGGACCCCAACCCUCCCUCCUCCGGCUGUGGAGGUAAGCCACCGCGAGACAGCAAGACCACUGGCGACGACACGACCGCGAACCCGACGCCAUAUGGCCGGCGAAUCUCCGGCCGGCACUCCUCCGCCGGCGAGAAGUGUAGCAACUCGCUUCAGAUCGUCGUCCAUCGGGCCGACCCUGCCAACAGGAUGUCGGCGGAUUGUGCGGUCGCACGCGGCGGCGCAGCCGGCGGCAGUUUCGAACCAGAAAGGGGGAAGGUCCGGAAGGACGGGCUUCUCUUGCCGGUUGACAGGCAGGAGUUCGAUCGGCGGUACAGUCACCGGAUCGUGGUCUCGGACGGUGACGGGAUGCAGGAGAGAUGGAGCGAUCUGCGACCGUCGGAUCUUCUGUUUUUGCGAUCGGAGAUGAUCAUUACCGAUAGUGGAAGGUUCUCGGCGUCCCGAGCGGGACGGGCGUCGGGGUCCUCGACGGGCGGGGGCAGAGACGUAAUUAGCGCGCGAUGUGCGUCCGAGAUCACGGGGCGGAGGCGGCCCCCGAUUCGAGCUCACAGCGGCGGCGGCGGCGGCGCGCGACGGGAGGUGGAGGAGGAGCGGACGAUGAGGAGGUGGUUGGGCUUCGCGGCGAAGCGCAGGGCGCGGUGGCUCGGGAGCCGGGAUGGCGCCAACGAGUUGAGCACCUAGUUUCUGAAGAAUUUUUCUUUUCUUUUUUUUUUUCCUUUUGACGGAAAUGCCUACGGACUAGUGUAUUUAUUUGCGAGAGGAUGCCACGCAACGAGGCGGGUGGAUCUUUUUGAGAGAGACCCUGGUGGCUGGUCGAGGCGGACAAGUGAGGGAUUCUCGAGCAGUCUCCCGUGAUGGAGGUUUUUAAUCGUUACCGGGUGCGCAUGUUGGUUGGGAACGUGGCUGCCUUGUCAUCGACCAUCAAAAAACGUGCUCCAUAUGUAUGCAGGUCGUACUUACAUGAUAUCUUAUUUGAUGGUCAUCCAUCUUUUAAUUAGGGAUAUCCAUGGUUGUAUAGUAUUCUCAGUCCCAUGGCUGCACCACAAAGAAUUCAUACUUGGUUGAAGGUAGGGAAGAGCUUGGAGAGCUCCAUCAUCAGCUCGAUGGUCGUGAUCCUAGAAGACUGGUAAGUGAAUAAGAUCCAAUGGUUGGAAAGUGAUGGGAGAUGCGGUGGCACUUGGUUUCAGGUCUCGAUGAGAAAAGUUGAGAUGGGUCGGUGGAGAGUCGGAUAGGUCCAUUCCAAGUUGAUGUCGGUCCCAUGGAGAAAUAGCGGGAGCCAGCAGCCCUCGAACAUUACAAAUCGCAUUUCUUGGUAUUUGAUUCAUGUCAACGAACAUGCAUGAUACUACCAACUUCGGAAAUGUAUAUUUAGUGUAUGAUGUAUGAUCAAGAAAGUUGGUGCAGUUUCAAUGGCAGCAUGAUGCUGUUUGUAUUUUUUUUGGUAAAUUUUUUUUUUUUUUUGGUAGAAAGCAUGAUGCUGUUUGUUGCAGUCAGGUAUAUGCAUAGUAGGAUAAUAGUUAAGAUGUGAAAUAUUUAACUUCCAAUUUUAAAAUUUAGGAUUGCGGGGUUGAUUGUGUGCUAA